AUGCAUUCUUCUUUGGACUUCGCCGUAAUUCUUUUCGAAAAGGCAAAGGAAUUGGGAAUUAUGGAAAAAGGUUACGUGUGGAUUGUAUCUGAUGAAAUCGCAGGCAUUCUUGAUUCCAUCCAAUCGCCUGUUAUACUUAAUAUGCAAGGUGUCAUUGGUUUCAAGAACAACUAUGAGGAUACCAGUGAAUCUUUCAGAGUUCAGAACCAGGCUUAUGCUGAUGAGAAUGAUGCUGAUCAUCUAUUGAUUUCACCAGAUUCUUGGGACCACUAUCUAUCAGUUUUGGGACCACAUUAUCCUCUAUUAGAGGUGGGUGAUGAUCCCGGAAUCUGCUGUGAAACUGGUGCUGCGUUCAUAAACUGUUAUCACCUUUUGCCACCAGAAAUGGCCAACAAUGGCGGCGAUGCAUUGGGUUUGCACGUCGAUGUGGAUGGCAUCAACGUGCUUCUGGUUGACAAGUUCAAAGGCUGCAAUUGA